GCUGCUCCACCUUGUGGAGGGAGAUGUGUGGGUCUGCUGGCGCCUGCCUGAAUCCCCCCAUGUGACGCCGGUCGAUACACAGGCGACUCGGUGAUCUCUUCAAAAAUUCAGCAGUUCUUGUGUGCGGAGUUCGCCGAACAAGAUGGUGAAGUCGGGGAAGCUUCGGUCUGGAACCGCACAGAAGCUGAAGCGAUGGAAAAAGGGCCACAGCAGUGAUUCAAAUCCGGAGACACGGCGCUAUCGGCAGGCGGCGAGAAGCCGGUUCUUUAGCCGGCCUUCAGAAAACAGUGACCUGACCGUCGAUGCCCUCAAGCUGCACAAUGAGCUGCAGGUGGGGGCCCUGGAGAGGCAGGAGGGCGGCUCCGACCGUGCCUGCUCGGCGGAAGGCCCCGCGCUCUCCGAGAGGACCUCCGGCACGUUCCUCAGCGGCCUGUCUGACUGCUCCAACGUCACCUUCAGCAAAGUGCAGCGCUUCUGGGAGUCCAAUUCUGCUGCUCACAAGGAGAUCUGCGCGGUACUGGCUGCGGUGACGGAGGUGAUCCGCGCUCAGGGUGGGAAGGAGACGGAGACGGAGUAUUUUGCUGCUUUGAUGACCACCCUCGAGACUGUGGAAUCCAGCGAGUCUGUGGGAGCUGUGGCUUACCUCCUAAAUCUGGUCUUGAAGCGAGUGCCAAGCCCCGUCUUAAUCAAGAAGUUUUCCGACACAUCUAAAGUGUUCAUGAGCAUCAUGUCCACACACGCCAGCAAGGAGUCCCCCUCUGCCCUGCGCUGGGUCGUGUCUUGCCUGGCCACCUUGCUGCGGAAACAGGACCUGUCCGUGUGGAGUUACCCCAGCACGGUGCAGGUGUACCAUGGGCUGCUGAGCUUCUGUGUGCACUCCAAACCAAAGGUGCGGAAAGCGGCCCAGCACGGCGUCUGCUCCGUGCUGAAGGGCAGCGACUUCAUGUUCUCCGAAAGCGCUCCCGCGUACCACCCUGCAGCUCUGUCCACUGCGAAGUUCUGCAUCAAGGAGAUGGAGGAGGCUGGUGGCAGUAAGGAGGACACCACAACCCUUCAUGUCCUGGGGUUCCUGAAGGACCUGCUGCCCUGCUUCCCCGUCAGUGCCGUAAAGUCCUGCUGUGAGACACUGCUGCGGGUGAUGACCCUGAGCCACGUGCUGGUGACAGCCGGUGCCAUGCAAGCCUUUCAUAAGCUCUUCAGUGCCAAGCCAAACCCCACCACACUGUCUGCCGAGCUCAAUGCUCAGAUAAUCACGGCACUGUAUGACUACCUUCCCAGUGAAAAUGACCUUCAGCCCCUGCUGGCCUGGCUGGCUGUCAUGGAGAAAGCACACAUGCACUUGUCUAGCUUGCAGAGUUCCCUGUGUCUGGGCCACCUGCCCCGCCUCUUCUCCACGGCCAUGAGCUGCUUCCUCUCGCCGCACGCCCAGGUCGUCUCCACGGCGGCACAGACCCUGAAGGCCUUGCUGAGUGAGUGCGUUGCCCCCUGCAUGGCCGACGUAGGAAGCAUCUCGUCCGCGGCUGCGACCGGGCAGGCCUCGUACGUCUGCAGGAUGUUGCAUUCAGAGCUGCCCCAGUGUGGGUGUUUGUGUGUUAAUCAGUUGAUAAUUGUAUCAGUGCCGUGGCCCAUAAUCACUAAACCCGUGGUGUGUUUUAGCGAUGAUCUGGAGUUUCCUCGCAGCUGGUUGAUCCCCGUGAUCAGGGAUCACGUCAGAAACACUGAACUGGCUUUCUUCAGUUCCUACUUCCUACCAUUGGCUGCCACUUUCAAACAAAGAGCGGACGAGUUGGAUCAGGCUGGACGGAAGCUGGAAUCCAGGGUGUACCAGACUCUCCAGCUGCAGAUCUGGACCAUGCUGCCUGGAUUCUGCACACACCCCACUGACCUGACCAGCUCCUUUAAGGGCAUCGCACGGACUCUGGGCAUGGCCAUCAGCGAGAGACCCGACCUGAGGCCGACCAUCUGCCAGGCCCUCCGAACGCUUAUCAACAAGAGCUGUGAAAAAGAAGAGGACCGUGCCGAAGUCGGCCGCUUUGCGAAGAAUUUCCUGCCCAUCCUGUUCAACGUGUACAGCCAGCAGCCUGUUGCCGGGGAGAGCACCCCCCUGAGGAUGCCCAUGUUGGACACCAUCAAGGUCUACCUGACCGUCACGGACCAGCAGCUGGUUUGUACCUUCCUUCAGAAAGCCGUAGAGAAACUGAAUACUCCAGAGUGCACUGAGUUCACCAGGCUCUCUGUGAUGGACUUGAUCGUGGUCAUGGCCCCCUGUGUGGACGAGGCCACAAUGAGCCAAACCUACGAGAUCAUAAGACCCUGUUUGGAGAGUAAGGAUCCUGGAGUGCAGAAGAAAGCUUACCGUGUCCUGGAAGAGAUGUGCGGAGGGGAGAGGGAGUCCUGCCGGCGGUUUGUCCUGACCAACCUGGAGCAGCUGAAGCAGACGCUGUUGGGGUCCCUGAAGAGCGCCUCCUCGCCGGCCAAACGGCCCAGACUGAAGUGUCUGAUCCACGUUGUGAAGCAGCUGAAUCUGGAACACGGCGACUUCAUCGCAGCUCUGCUUCCAGAGGUAAUAAUCUGCACCAAAGAGGUGUCUGUGGGAGCACGCAGGAAUGCAUAUACCUUGCUGGUGGAAAUCGGUCAGGCGUAUAUUCGUUUCUGUGACAGUGCAAAUGAGGCCAUGGAGCAGUAUCUGGGGAUGGUCUAUGCCGGACUCACUGGCUCGGUCACCAUGAUUGCUUGUACCGUGCUUGCGCUGACCAGGCUGGUCUUUGAGUUUAAAGAUCACAUGGACGUGUCGGUCAUGGAGCAGCUGCUGCAGAACGUGUGCCUCCUCCUCAGCUCCAGGACACGCGAGGUGGUGAAGGCGGCUCUGGGCUUCAUCAAGGUCAUCCUCUUCAUCAUGGACCCCAAAGUCCUGGCCGGCCAUGUGACCGUGAUGAUGGAAGGGAUUGGAAACAUUAAAGAUGAUGUCCGGAGGCAUUUCAGGAAUAAGCUGAAGAACAUUUUCACUAAAUUCAUCCGAAAGUUUGGGUUUGAACUUGUGAAGAGCAUGGUGCCGGAGGAGCAUCAAAAGGUACUGGGGAACAUCCGCAAAACAGAGGCCAGGAACAAGAGGCGCAAGCUCCUGCAGCAGGCAGAUAAAGCUGGCUCGGAGAGUGAGGAGGAGACCCCCAAGGUCAAGGGAGACAGUAUUGAGGAGAUCCUGGCGGAUUCGGAGUCGGAGGAUGAGGACACGAAGCCGGAGCGAGGUGGGAAGAAAGCCCUGCGAAAGAAGGGUCGGGCCUGGCUGAAAGAGGGGGAGUCUGAUGAGCCCCUCAACUUCCUCGAUCCCCAAGUCUCCCAGAGAGUGCUCGCUACAAACCCGGACGUGAAGAAGAGAUUGAAGGUCCAGCAUGGCUUCAAAGUGACGUCGGACGGCAGGCUGAUUAUCAGAGAAGAUGGAGACGAGGACAAAGAUGUUAAAGGUGAAAACAAGGAAAUGGAUGAUGUUCUAGAGGAAGCAGGAGUCAAAAGUAAAAAAGCUCAGAAGAGAAAGUUUCAACGUGAUGACUUUGACGAAGAUAUGGAGUUGGAGCCACAGUUGCAGUACAAAGCUGGUGGCUCAGGGAUCCAUAGACCACUGUCUGGGAAAGAGGAAUUUGGCAAAGAGUACAAAUCCAAGAGUGGUAAAGGUGACGUGAAGAAGAAAGGCAGGCACGAUCCCUACACCUACAUCCCUCUGAAGAAAGCGCAGCUGAACCGCAGGAAGAAGGCGAAGCUGCAGGGCCAGUUCAAGGGGCUGGUGCGAGGAGCCCGGAAGGGGGCGCAGUCGGGGAAGAGGAUGCAGAGGAGUAAAAGGAAGGCGUGACCCCUGCCCAGGGGCCUAGUUUAAUGCCCUUUCUGGAGGUCCCCGCUGGGUUCCGUUAGCCCUGUGUGCUGUGCCAGCCUGACCGGGGUCAUCUCCCAGCUGGCAAGCUCCAGCCUGGGUCUCUUCUUGUCUGCUGGGCACUCCUCUGCCCCCACUGCAGUGGGUGUUGCAGUGCAUGCAGGGCAGUAUCCCCUUUCUUUCCCCCUUUUCCCACUGUUGAACAGCUGUGAAGACUCACAGAGUGCCUUUAGUAUUGCAGUGUGUGAAUGCAGUUACUCACCAAUACCAAGUCCAUGUCGCACACUUCAUUUGUAAAAAUACUUGUGUGUCUAAAGAUGGGAGUUCCUCUCGCUGUAAUAAAGAUUGUGUGCAAUGGACAUUAUUUAUUAAUCAUUAAAGUAGAAUGCAGGAUUUUCUGGAUAUUAAUUGAAAA